UGAGAAACAACCCACACCAAAAGUAGCCUCCUCCACUGCACCCAUCCACCAUCUCCCUCUUCUCCAAGUUUGAUACAAUAAUUAAGAAUAUAAUGGUGAUGCAGAAGGGAUUAUCUAUGAAUGCAAGAAUUGUUGGGAGUGGGAAGCAAACAAUAGUUGUGGCACAUGGGUAUGGGGCAGACCAGACUGUGUGGGAGAAAGUUGUGCCAAAACUGGGGGAGAGAUACCAGCUUCUCCUGUUUGAUUGGUGCUUCUCUGGUGCCAUAAAAGACAGGAGUCUGUUUGAUGGUGUGAAAUACUCUUGCUAUGAAGCUUUUGCUGAUGACAUGAUUGGGCUUCUUGAAGAGCUCAACUUGAAAUCUUGUGUGUUUCUUGGGCAUUCCAUGUCUGGAAUGAUUGGCUGCAUAGCUUCUGUUAAAAGACCUGACCUCUUCACCAAACUCAUCCUUGUUGCCUCCUCUCCCAGGUUCAUAAACCUUGAAGACUACGAAGGGGGUUUCGAUAAAUCCUACAUUGAUGAAAUGUUCGCCGACAUGGAAACAAACUACGAGCAAUGGUGCUCGGCGUUUGCGGCGAUGGUAGUCGACCCGUCGGACCCGCCGUCGGUGGAGAAGUUCGAGAAAUGCCUGAAGAGAAUGGGGGUAGAGAUCGGGCUGCCGUUAGCCAAAACCGUGUUCUUGAGCGACCACCGGAGCGUUCUCGACAAGGUUGUUGCUCCGGUGACCUUAGUCCACACGAAUCACGACCUCGUCGUUCCGUCGUCGGUCGUCGCCUUCAUGCACGGCCAUAUCAAAGAAUCGACGGUUGAGAUCGUCAACACCGACGGCCAUUUCCCGCAGCUCACGGCGCAUGAAGAAUUUCUUGAGGUUGUUUUCGCAGCCUUGGGUUGAAAAGAAAUUUGUGUGACACACAAAAAAUCAAAGGAUAUGAUGUAGUUUUGUUUGUUGUUAUUAUAUAUUUCUCUCUUUUGGGUAGUGGAAAUGAAGUGAAGUGAUGGUAUGUAUUUGUGGUUGUUAUAGUCUAGCAAAUUAAAGUAGUAUUUUGUCUUGGUUAUAGUUAAUUGGUUGGUUGUAUGUAUUGUCUAUCUUGGUUGUAAAUUUGUUGUAGUAUUUGUCUAUCUUGACCAGGUCCUAAGUGUAGAAGUCUCAGUUAAAGAGUAAAAUGCUGGCCAAAUUGGUUUUUUCCACCUUCUUAAGAGAUGACGUCAACAAAGUUGGUUGUAGUGUUUGUGAUUUGAUAAACCUUAUACAUUAUUAUGUUCCACGAGUC